AUGCCCAGUGACUCUGAAGAAGAGAUUGAGGACGUCGACUUUGACCUUGAUGAGGAUGCCGAACCCGACCUCGAAGAUGAAGGUUUACUGGAUGGAAUAGAGGUUGCGGACGAUGCCACAGAAGAUGGCGACGAUGACUCUGGGUCUGAUGACUCUGAUGAAGGAAGCGACGACGACGACGAAGAAGCAUCCGAACCGUCCAUGGACCCAACACUGUUGGACUUGGAAUUGGCAGAGGAACCGCUACAAAGCCCUAACGAACCGGAUUCUGCCAAGUCUGCAAUGCCCCCCGGCCCCCCUUCCUCGAACACAUCUACACAACCCAGCAAACCACCAUCCCCCGCUCCUGCUCCCCUGCGGAGCCUUGUUCUAUCUCCAGAAAAUGCUCGUAGAAGGGGACUCCUGAUAAUGUCAGGUCCUGGAGUACCUGCCCCUCGCACGUACACAGUCGAAGCAAUUUGUGCCCUUCCUCACCCAGGCCCAACUAAUGCUUUAGCUGCGACCCCCUGCAUGCUGCACCUCCUUACGGGCUCUGAUGAUGGAUAUAUUCGUGACUAUGAUAUAUUCUCAGCCGUUAAUAGCAAGAACUUCCUAUCUGCACCUCAAAGGCACCACUCCGGAGUAGUUGAAGGCAUUUUGAAAGCCGGACAACUACGCUUUUGGUGGGAAAAUCCGAGCUACGCGCCCCCAGUGAACGGAAUGGUUCAGAUGGAAGAGGAGCCACCUCUGGUCCCCGUCUAUAGUCUUGCUAUGCACUCGGAUGCCCUAUGGGCUCUUGCCGGCACGGAUGUCGGUCACAUUAAUUUGUUCACCGUAAGACACGAACCAGGACGUCUGUGUCACGUCUUGGCCGGUGGACACCGCAGCCGCGUAUCUGCGCUAUCCCUCGACCAUGACGAAAAGUCGUUAUUCAGUGCCGGAUGGGACGCCGAGGCUUUGCAAUGGGACCUUAAUACCGGGCAAAUUGUUCGCAACUUUACCGCGCACAAUGCACAGCUGUCUGGUAUAGCCGUCCGACCUGCUAACGCCGUCUACCAUGAAGACGGAACACCAAUAACAAUACGACGUGUCUCCGCCUCUGAAGGUGCUCUAUCGCAGCACCCCACACAGGAAACGUUAAUAGGAAGCGAAAUGGACUUGUCUGCCUCAAGCACUGCCAUCGCAUCCCAGAGCCAGCCCAUGGCCGUUGAUAGUUCAAUGGAUCAAACAGACGCCAAGUCAGAUGCUUCAUUCGACCCACUUUUCGAUGACGAUCCUUUAUUCAACGAGGACGCUACUGAACGCGUACCACGUACCCAGGAUGCAAUAUCACGAGGGCAGCAGCUAAAUGUGGCAGCGAAUGCUGAAGCAACCCAGGCCAAACCCCAACCACCAAGAGCUGCAGCUGCCCCGAAGAACGCACCUCCGCUUCUCGAGCAGAACAGUUAUAUCUCCUACUCGCCUGAUAUGUUGAUGACUGUGUAUAUUGAUGGGCAAAUCGUAUUAUGGGACAAGAGGGUGCAUAGCCCUGGUACCGGUGUAGGCAGAUUGUGGAUGAGUGAACGCACGCCCCCGUGGUGUCUAUCAGCAUGCUGGUCGGCUGAUGGGAACCAGAUAUAUGCUGGUAGAAGAAAUGGAAGUGUUGAUAUAUGGGAUGUCCGUCAAGCAGGAGGUUCGACGAGUAAUCCAAGAUUAAUGAAGACCCUACGAAAUCCACCGAGUUCUGGAGCAGUGUCCAGCGUGGUAGCUUUCCCGGACAGCCGGCAUAUCGCUUGCGCAUCUGUCGAUAACUUAAGGUUAUGGAAUGUUGCCGAAGCCAACGAACCAGAUGCUUCCGGGAAAAUGAAGAGCGGUGUGCAAUUCAAGAUUAUUCCUGGCCACCACGGUGGCAUUAUUUCUCAGAUGGUGGUAGAUCCAGGUGCCCGUUUCUUAGUUAGUGCCAGUGGGAACCGCGGGUGGCCCUACGGAGAUUCCACUCGGACAGUGUUUGUGCAUGAAAUCAAGCGAUUUAACUGA